AUGAUCGCUUCAAUCCAAGGCUUUGGCGAGGACGGAGCCAAUGGAAAUCUAUGUAAUGGGACGUCAAACGGGUUACCAAAAAAUGCUGCAACAAAGGAAAACAACUGGCAGCAGCCGGGGCCGGCCGCAUUCGACUUUCGCAGCGACAUAAUGACUACACCCACUGCGCGAAUGCUCGACGCCAUCGCCGCAACCACUCUCCUCGACGACGACUUUCGACAAGACCCCACGACGUUGGGGCUCGAAUCGUGGGUCGCGCAACUGACGGGCAAAGAAGCAGGUCUGUUUGUCGUCAGCGGAACGAUGGGAAACCUCCUCAGCAUUAGGACACAUCUCCAAGGCCCUCCACACAGCGUCAUGUGCGACUACAGAAGCCACAUCGUCACGCAUGAAGCUGGAGGCAUCGCGAGCCUCUGUGGUGCCAUGGUUCAAACCGUCGAGCCGGCUAAUGGGCGCUACUUGACCCUGGAGGACCUCGGCAAGAAACUGAACAGAGGAACCCUCGUUACAGACUGCCCGACAAGGCUGGUAUCGCUAGAGUGUCCCCUCGGGGGUGUCAUCAUGCCCCUGUCCGAGUGUCAGAGGAUCAGCAAGUGGGCUCGGGAGCACGGCGUCUUUAUGCAUCUCGACGGAGCUCGUCUGUGGGAAGCCGUUGCAGCCGGGGCGGCAUCUUUGCAGGACUACUGCGCGUGUUUUGACAGCGUUAGUCUCUGCUUUUCCAAGGGCCUUGGAGCUCCUAUCGGCUCCAUCAUAGUUGGAACCGAGGUGUUCCGCGAGAGGGCCAGAUGGCUUCGGAAGUCUAUCGGCGGAGGCAUGCGCCAGGCUGGAGUUGUGUGUUCGGCAGCUCGAGUAGCUGUGGAAGAUACCUUUUUGGGUGGUAAGCUGCAAUUGGCGCAUUCACGGGCGAGGCAGAUUGCCCGUCUGUGGGAGGGAUACGGUGGCAAGCUGCUCUACCCGGUUGAGACAAACAUGGUUUGGCUGGAUCUUGACGCUGUUGGGAUGAGCGAGGAGGACUUUAUCAAGAGGGGCGAGACAUUUGGACUUGGGCUCAUGGGAAAGCGGCUAGUCGUUCACUACCAAAUUAGUGACGAGGCGGUUCGCAGGUUGGAUGAGUUUCUUGGAAGCUGUGUUGUUCAAAGCACGUAG